AUGUAUUCGUAUGAGUUCGAGCAGGAUUCAUUGUUCAGGAACGGAAUAAACAGAUAUAAACGUGAAGAAACAUGCUCAAUGGUUAUGCCUCCUUUAGUAUUCCAGAAUUGUGACAGGAGGAUGGAGCAAGGCCCUACCAGCACGACCCUGAGGACACAAUACAAUCAAAACAGUGGCUGUCCUGGGGUGGAAGUGGACCAGUCAAAGCAAAAUUUGAGCGUUCAAGGGGAAAGGGGCUCAGUUGGAGAUGCUGAGGCUGGGGGAGAAGCUGGAGAUGCUGAGGCUGGGGGAGAAGCUGGAGAUGCUGAGGCUGGGGGAGAAGCUGGAGAUGCUGAGGCUGGGGGAGAAGCUGGAGAUGCUGAGGCUGGGGGAGAAGCUGGAGAUGCUGAGGCUGGGGGAGAAGCUGGAGAUGCUGAGGCUGGGGGAGAAGCCGUGGUUGGAGUUACGACCCGCCACAUUAUAACAAUGGCCUAUCAUGUCACUGCCACAAGAUUAUCACACUACACAAUGGCCAACCACAAUGCCCUCUCGUCUGGUUACAUUUUGUAA